GCUGCCGUCUCCAAUGUGGGGAUCGCCGUCCGGCGUACCGACGAGAGCACCUGGGCAGCUUCGUGACCGGAGUCCUUCUCGUCGAGGAGCUCUUAAUUGAUGAACUGCAACUGAGUGUCCUGACACUUCCCCACUGACCGUGUGUGUUUUAGAAAUGGAGCCAAAGGGAGGCAACCUGACAUUUGGCUUCCAGCGAAGCUCGACAUCUGAUGAUGACUCUGGUUGUGCCCUAGAAGAAUAUGCAUGGGUUCCUCCAGGUCUCAGACCUGAACAGGUGCAGCUCUACUUUGCUUGUUUGUCUGAGGAGAAGAUCCCUUACGUUAACAGUCCUGGAGAGAAACACCGAAUCAAGCAGCUUCUGUAUCAGCUGCCACCCCACGAUAAUGAGGUGAGAUACUGUCAGUCUCUAAGUGAAGAAGAGAAGAAGGAACUUCAAAUAUUUAGUUCACAACGAAAGAAGGAGGCUCUGGGACGAGGCACGGUUAAGUUGCUCUCAAGGGGAGUGAUGCAUGCACUCUGUGAGCAGUGUGGUACAAAGAUCAGUGGAGGUGAAGUUGCAGUAUUUGCCUCAAGAGCUGGGCCUGGAGUCUGCUGGCAUCCAUCCUGCUUUGUGUGUUUCACAUGCAAUGAACUACUUGUUGACUUAAUCUAUUUCUACCAAGAUGGAAAAAUUCAUUGUGGAAGACACCAUGCAGAACUACUCAAGCCGCGUUGCUCGGCAUGUGAUGAGAUUAUUUUUGCUGAUGAAUGCACAGAAGCGGAAGGUCGCCACUGGCACAUGAAACACUUUUGUUGCCUUGAGUGUGAAACUAUCCUUGGAGGACAGAGAUACAUUAUGAAGGACGGGCGCCCAUUCUGUUGUGGCUGCUUUGAGUCCCUCUACGCAGAGUAUUGUGAGACUUGUGGGGAACACAUAGGGGUUGACCACGCUCAGAUGACUUACGAUGGACAACAUUGGCAUGCCACAGAAACAUGCUUUUCUUGCGCUCACUGCAAAGUUUCCUUACUUGGCUGCCCUUUCCUUCCCAAGCAAGGACAGAUUUAUUGCUCCAAGUCAUGCAGUCUGGGAGAGGAUGUUCAUGCUUCGGACUCUUCCGACUCUGCUUUCCAGUCUGCUCGCUCAAGAGACUCCAGGAGAAGUGUUCGCAUGGGGAAAAGCAGCCGGUCAGCAGAUCAGUGCAGGCAGUCUCUCCUCUUGUCCCCAGCUCUGAACUACAAAUUCCCUGGCCUUUCUAGCACUGCUGAUGAUACACUCUCACGGAAACUGGAUGACUUAAGUCUUUCAAGGCAAGGAGUAGGCUUUGUUGAUGAAGAGCUCUGGAAAGGAAGGCAGGAGGAAAUGCCUGAUGAUCCAGAAGAAUGGGCUGAGCAUGAAGACUACAUGACUCAGCUGCUCCUAAAGUUUGGCGACAAAGGCCUUUUUCAGCAGCCAGUGGAAGCAGACGUUAGAUCAAACGAGCAGUGGAUUUGCGAGAGCAUGGUGAAAGGCAGAUCGGAGAUGAAGAAAAACAGUCAGAGCCUAGCGAGCAAGAAAUACCACUCAAAUAUGUACUGGGCACAGUCCCAAGAUGGCCUAGGCGACUCUGCCUAUGGUAGCCACCCGGGCCCUGCCAGCAGCAGGAAAAUCCAGGAGUUGGACAUGGAACAUGCCGCAACUAGAUACAAACAUGACCAAAAGCAAUGGUAUGAUGAUUCGCUGGAGCGAUUGUCAAACCUGAAACAAGAGCAGUGUGUUCGGGAUUCAAUGGAUUCCCUGGCUUUAUCUAAUAUCACAGGUGCUUCGGCUGAUGGAGAAGUCAAACCAAGACCUUCUUUGUAUUCCUUACAAACCUACCCAGAGCUGGAAGUAGAGGAUUGUGAGAAAAUGAGCAACAUGGGCACUCUGAACUCCUCAAUGCUUCAUAGGAGUACAGAGUCUUUAAAAAGUUUAAGUUCUGAAUUAUGCCAAGGCAAGACACUGCCAGAGGAAAAGCCAAUGCAUGUGCCAGUACUGAGAAGAUCCAAAUCGCAGACUAGACCUCAGCAAGUCAAGUUUUCAGAUGAUGUCAUUGACAAUGGAAGUUACGAGAAUCUCGAAAUCCGCCAGCCUCCUAUGAGUGAAAGGACUCGAAGGCGUGUUUAUAAGUUUGAAGACCCUGGGAAGAGACACCAGCAUCGCCGCAGGAGGAGUAGGAAGUCUAGGUCCGAUAAUGCGCUUCACUUGGUUGCAGAAAGAAAAUCUCCACCAAAGGAAAGACUUAAUUUUUAUUCUCCUCAGGAUUAUGACAAGUUUGUUCAGAAUAAAGGUCCUGCCGUUCGAGCAUACACUCCAAACCCAUACAGCCAAUAUACUCAUAUUUCCUCAGACUACACAAUGAGGAACCAGAGGGACCAGUUUCUUGGAUUUUUUGGAGAGGAGGAAGACUCUUGGUGCUCAUCUUCAUCCUCCUCAUCCGAUUCUGAAGAAGAAGGUUACUUCUUAGGACAGCCCAUUCCACAGCCCCGACCAGUCAGAUACCCCUACUAUACAGAUAUCCUUUCCAGCCCGACUGCUGAACUCCCCAGUUCUCAGUUUGGACAGAGGGUAACCAAAUCUAAAAAGAGAAAACCUCCCAAAGGCAAAAACUGUAUAAUUUCUUAAUUUUGAACUGUUUCUUCACUGUUCUUCAAAUGUUAUGUACAUAAAUGGUUAAAACAACUUGUGUAACCUGUAACGGGGCAGUCUCUUGUCCAUGUUCGCUAUAAAGGCCUUGCAAUCAAUAAUCAGUUGAAUCAGGAGGGAGUGGUAGAAGAAUAAUUUGAAAGAGUUUAUAAUACUGUUCAGAUGUGGUUUUAGAUAGCCUUACCAGCAAGAAUGCCAGUCAGUAUCUUAGGUUUAGACAUUGCCUGCUACUUCUGUUGCCUAGCUAAGACACAGUAUCUCAAUUAUAGUGUGCAACCCUAUUCAUCCUAUAGAUAUGACUGUAGCCCAACCAUUUUGAUGCUAAGCAAGAAUGUUGUUUCUGUACAGGGCAAAAUGCAUCAGAUUGACUAUUCUAUUUGCUUUGCAUUGUAUCUGAGUGACCCUCAGGUAAAUUAAUUUAAAUAUAUGGUGUUCCUUGCCCUUAAAAAUAUGGUGUAAGCUACAGCCCCUACUUAUGAAGUUAAUUGCAUUAAGUCAGUGAGUCUGCUUAUAUUAAACUUUUGUGAAAAUAAGUCUGAGAAUCCUGUAUAUUUGAAACACUACCCCAAGUUCCAAAUGUAGCACAUAAGCAAAAAUUAGAGCCAUCUGAUAUUUAUAAUGUAGUAUUUCAUAGCUAAAUCUGUAUUUGUAACUUAAUGGUGCAAAUAAUGUACAUAUUGUAAAGUUGAGAUUUAACAGACUAUUUUUAUAUCCCUGAAUUGCAAGACAUUUGUUUAAAAUACCAUUAGUUUUGUUUGAGGGUUUAACAGCAGUUUGAGUCAAGCGGGGGGUUUGUUAAAUGUUCAUAAGUUUAUAGUAGUGAAAUGUUUAAUUUUUGACGGAAAAGCUCUGUUUUGCAUGGUAGGAGCUAUGUAAAUACUGUUUAAGCUAUGGUACGUAAUAUUAAAGGAAUUAUUUAUGGGUUAAGACAA